AUCUUGGUGAUCCAAGAAGAAACAUCAGGUUAUCUAAUUUUCAUUUGGAAGCUGCAAAAAACAAGCCAACACCCAGCUGUGCAACCUGCUACUUGGCUAACCUGAUAUUAUCUGAGGAAAUCCUUUUGAAUACAGUUGCUGACCAAAUUUCACACUGUAUAUUCACGGAUCAUAACAAAAUGUCUGCAAUAAGAGAAUACCUCAUGACAGUUUUUACAAACUAUGACUUGAGUGAGCAAGGAAAAGACUGGGAAGACUGUCUUUCUGCUGUUUAUUUUAUGACUGAGAAGUUGUAUGCCGAAACAGAAAUACCCACAGAUAGGAACUUCAGUGUGCCCAUCUCCACAAACUGGAAUAUCAGAAAUGGUUAUGUUGAGGGUGAGGGCCCAUCUCAGUGCUUUCAGGAGGUCAGGGAGACAGUGAUAAGAGAAAUUGGGAGUUGUGAACAGAAUGUUAGUGCUAACCCUGAAAACACCGAUACUGCAUUCAUCAUUCCUGAUGAACUAGUAUAUCUCGGAGAUCCAUCUAGAAAUAUACCAAUACCAUAUUCAGUACUGAAAAUAGCAAAAACCCGAUUGCGCCCAGAUCUGUCAGCCAAAUACAUCAUUCUCCACUUGUUUCCAGAGAAAAUCCUAAUUAGAAGUAAUGUUUAUGGCAAUACAGAUUGUGGCCUGUUUGCCCUUGAUUCCAAUAGGAUUGGUGCUCUCAAAGAAUUUCUUCAGGACAACUACCCUGAUUAUGAUCUAGAAGAAACUGAAUAUUAUUGGAAAUUGUGUGUGACAGCCAUCAACAUCUGUCUCCAAACUCUUAGACAAGACCCAAGACUGUCAUUUACUAAUUUCUAGCAUUCUAAUGCCAUUACUAAUUUCUAGCAGCAUCUCCUUCCAUGGAGUUGACCAAAGUGUCUGAUGAAACUAACUGAAGCACUUACCUACCCAUUUUUCUAAAACAGUAGAUCAUUUCUGUAAGUUUCUGAAGUUGUAUUACUAUAAUUAACCUGUCAUAAUGACAAAAUUUUGAAUUGACUACCUAAUAAUUGACAAAAGAUCUUCUGCUUUCAAGAAAUACUUUUGUCUCUGGACAAAGUGUGGAGCAAUAUACUGCUGUCUUGAGCCACCAGUUAGGAUAAUACCAGGAAAUUCUUAAAAGAUUGUUUUACAUGGUUAUUUGAAUAUAGAGUGAGGAUGGGAUACUUAGCACUUAAUGAUGGAAGAAAAAUGAGUAUAAGCAACGCACAUGUAAGUAGAGAACUAUACUUAGGACAGCCCAUAAUCUUUUAAGCAUAACUUGCAUACAAUAGAAAUUUGCCAAGUGAGUUGACCCUUUAGAACUUAGGUAUAAACGGGUUCAUUCAUAAAGGAGGUAUUAUUUACUUAUAGCCAGAACAUCUUGAGUGUCUUUCCUAUACAUUGUAUACAAUUAUAAGGUUGCUGUCACAUUUAUUUGACCUAAACCUUUCAGGGAAAAAAAACUAGAUGCCUUGAUUUACUCCUGAUAUUCCUUAAAUUACCUCUUGAUAACAUUUUAUCACACAAGUUUGCUCAGGCUGAAUAUAGAAAACUACCAGGGGAGUUGGCAUUCCUUUCAGUAAUUAAAAUUAACAAUGUCUGCGAAUAACAAGAAUCUUACCAAAUUCAGGCACUGAAAUUAUUUUUGAUUUCUGGAAUGUCUGGGUAAAAUUUUUAAUAUAUUUCUCAUUUUUCAGAUAUAGUAUACUAGUCAAAUGCACACAAAUUUAAGUUGACAGUAUUUCAUAUAUAAGACAACAUGUAUAAGACAAAAUUCAGAGAAAAGUGCUUUUAAAGCAAUGGUUCUCAACCUAUGAGUCUCAACCCCUUUUGGGGAGGCAUAUCAGAUAUCCUGCAUAUUAGAUACUUACGUUAUAAUUCACAGCAGUAGGAAAACUACAGUUAUGAAGCAGCACAAUAUGAGGAACUGUAUUACAGGGUCAAAUUAGGAAAGUUGAGAACUACUGUCUUUAAGGAUACGGCACAAAUAUUGGAAAAGUGAAAAACAUCCAUCUUGCUCAUGAAUAAUAUUUUGUUUUUUUUUAAGUACCUUGUUGUAGAACAAAUUAUUGGAUGUUUUAGCCACAGGAAUAAUUCCAUUAUUUGAAUAUUUGUGUUUAGGAAACAUUUUAUAAGUCAUAACGCCAUCUUUUAUCUUUAGACAUAUCAAAAAUUGUGUGCACUUGAAGUAAAUUUUAAAUUGCUCAUUAAACUUUUCUCAUGAAAAUUUUCAGUAUAAACAAAAAUUCGAUCUUACAUAGUUGACCUUGACUAACUUCAGAGUUUUAAUAAAUCAGAGAAAAAAAUCUAGUGAAAAGUAUGGCACUGUAAGUCAGUUAAAUAGUAUAGCUACUUUGAAGUCCUGUUAUUUUCACAACCUGUGAGAGAUAGUAAUGUUUUGUGACCAAUUAUAGAAGAUAUACACAUGUAUGUAUGUACAUACACACACACACAACUUUUUUGAAAACUAAAUUUAACUUUUAGAGUUUUAGUACAAAGUAGUAUGACUUUAUACUGAUUAUUCAUGACGUAUUAGACAUUGUAGAUAGCUGUGGAAAUAGCUUAGUGGUGGAACACAUGUUUACAUGCACAAGACUCUAGGUUAAUUCCUGGCACCAAAAGAACAAAAGAAAUAGAUGUUUUAAGGUUCAUGCCUCUAUAUAAAUAAGUAAGAAAGUAAGUUUUUCCUUUAGCUUAACAAAACUAUAGUGUUUUAUGUACAUCUUUAUUUUAAUGGUGUGCUUACAAAGGUAGAUAGUUUUAAAAAUCUCCCAUAAUUAGAUAGAAGAAUGUUGCAUGUUUUUGGGGUUUUUUUGUGGUUGAUUGUUAUUGAACUCUACAGACAGAAGAAUUUUGACAAGUAUUAUUUAGACUCACUCCAGCUUCAUCAUUUAGUUUAAACCUAUUUCACAAAUAUUGACAGUUUCUCUAACAGAAAUAAAAAUCCAUGCUAUAAACACACAUCAAAGCAUAACAUUGUUCUUCAGAAAUACAUCCAACUAUUUGGUAGUUAAAAUACAAUUAAAAGGAAAAGUGAAAUUGUAUGCUGGGCAAGAAUUAACUCCAAACCUCAUCUACAGAUUUCAAAUUAAAUUUGCCCUUUUGGAAAAAAAUACAAGAUUAAGAUUUUCUGUUUUCAAAUUUUCAAGAUAUAAUGGCCAUUGCUUAUGUAAGUUAUUUGGAGAAGUCCUACAAACACAUUUUCUACAGAAACGGAAACACAAGUAACUUAAGUUGUUCAUUGUGAUAGUCACCAGGACUAUGUAACUGCUAAACAUCUGAACAAUUAGAGGAAUUAAAUUUAAAUUUGGGAUGACUAAAAUUAAAAGGUAUGGAUGAAUGUCAUAUUUGAUAUUUAUUGGCUUUUUAUUUUGGAAUUGGAAGGAUUGAAUUUUAAGACUCAUACAUGCUAGACAAGUACUUCAUUGCAUUUCAAGUCCAAACAAUGCCCUUUAUUUGUAUAAAGUACUCAAAAUAGUUCCCAUGGUUUGAAAUAUAACGUGUAUAUCUUCUGUGAAAAUCAUAUACUGCAAGAUAAUUUCAUAAUGGUACUGAAUACUUUAUUGUACACUUGCUGUCUUCAAAACUUUACAGAUUAAUCCUGUUGUGUUAGCUCAAUAACUUUCUACUUUUAAGACUUGCUUUUGAAAAGUACAUUUAUCUUUACUUUUUGU